UUCCUAUUCUUGUAACUUUGAACCAUGUGUCUCUCGGUCUCGGCUACUUCCUCUUUUGCUACAUAUCAACAUUGACGGCACUAUUUACUUUCUACUACAUCCUCAGCAGACAAACUUCAUUCUGUGUUUCGAGCAGCGUUUUAAUUUUCUCUCAGACUUUAUGAAGAUUUGAAAAGAUUUGAUCAGUCAUGGAUGGAGAUGUGCUGUCUUUGUCAUCUUGCUCAUCAUUAUCAUCCUCAGCAGCGGCAGGAACACAGAAAGAUACUUCACCAAAGAGCUACAGCAGCUUCCCUCAGAGCCAACGGGAUCACAAAUCGACUGAAGAAUUAUGGACAGAGAAUGUGAGUCCCGUUGGUGGCAGGCUGCUGUCCACUGAGGAGCAGGUCACUCUGAUCACUGAGAGCAUGAGUGUCACCUCCACCGACCAAGAGAAACUGCUGCUGCUCAACAAGAACACUGAGCUCCGCAGAGUCAACAAAGAGCUGAUGAAGCUGAAUGAGGACUGGGACCAGGUGUACCGCAGUGCCACGCUGGGUCUACAGCACAGACUGGAGACGUUGGAGCUCGAGAACACUGCCAUCAAACAGCUCAACGGCAGACUGCUGCUCAAAAUCGAGCACCAGCAGAGUGCAAAGGAGUACUAUGAGCAGGCGCUGAUGCAGGAGCUGAAGAAGAAUCAGGAGCUGCAUGAAUACAUCAGAUUGGUGGAAAGCAGGACGCACCACCCAGACAGAGACUGCCCUCCUGCCCCACAGGGCAGCUUCAGUGCUGUGAUACGCGGUCCUGUGUUGGGCCCUAUCACUAAUCCUCCAGGAGGUCCCAACCUGUCCCCCAGUCACGUCUCUGCAUACAACCCCUCAUCCUCCUCUUUCCCAGCUUCUUCCAGUCCAGGUGCAGGGCGGCAGGGAAAAAGCCAGAGAAACGGUAACCCACAGGGAACGCUGGGAGGCUCCCAGCAAGAAGUGCAUGCUCUAAAAGAGCAGCUGGAGGCACUGCAAUGUCAGAUCCAGAUUUAUGAAGCAGAAUAUCAGACAGAGCAUAAAGACCACAAACACACACUGCAGGAGAACCAGAAGCUGAGGAAGAAGAGGGAUGAGACGCGCCAACAGGUGGCACUGCUGCAGGAGCAGCUCAAGGUCUAUGAGGAUGACUUCCGACGGGAGCGGUCUGACAAACAGAUGCUGCAGCGACUGUUGUUGAAGAAAACGCCUCCAAACAAGGACCCUGUACUUAUCCACCGCUGCAACAAUGAGCAUCAGCCACCAGGGACAGACAAGAGGACACAAAGUGGAGAGAAAAGAAAACAGCACCACCCACUCUGUCCCAAGCACCCAAACAGGGACAAAGAGUCAGAUUGAAGGUCGGAGGGGGAAAAAACAUCAUCAUACAAAAUAAAUUAAGUUUUAAAUAUAGGUUAUGAGUUUCAACCUUGUAAAAUUUAGCACUCAAUCUUUAGUUAUCCUCCACAUUCACUGACAGCACUUUCAUCUGAUUAAUGAAGACAAAUGAACGUUAUUGUUUAUAGAAAUAGCCCAACAAGAGCUUUGGGUCAAAUGCAUUGUCUGCCUGCUACCCUUCAUAAUAAAGAAAGGUUAGAGUUCAAUUGUAGCAUAUAGUCUUCAUCUUUCUGUAUAUUACUUACCAUAACAGAAACAGAUGCCAUGUUUGGUACACAUAUAUAAUUUAUACAUCCAAUAAAUCUCUUUCAAACAUACUGUA